CGUCCGUGUUGCUGUGUAGGUACAGUGCACGUGUCUUGACUACGGCCAGACUACGGCUGCUGGUUGAUUGAUUUUGAUUAUCCUGAUUAUGACAUUGAGUCUGCAGCGUUGAUUACCGCUAGCAUAAUUACAAUUUCUGCAGUAUCUCACCAUGAAGCGUCCCAGAGUGAAAACCAAUACGAAAGGAAAACGCUGGAUCAAAGGACAAAGUUGCGUGUCCAACCCUGAAGCGAACAAGUUUCGAAAAGCCGCUAAGGAACGCUAUCUGCCGCUGCAACCGGGUGUUUCAGAGCCAGUCCCGGUUCGCGAAGGACUGAGCAACCCUCCUGGCUGGAGAGGACAAACGAAUACCAGUGUAAAAGAAGAUGGUUCCGUGGUAUCAGGAUCAUUUAAUAUGUCCAGCAAGACUUUUGCCAGCGAUUGGAGCGAAUGUUCCAACAAAUCAUUUGAUAAUUUCAUGCGAGGUUUCGAACCAACAAACCCUCUACACGUAGAAAUGCUUGCUGCUAUUUCAGGAGUCACUGAGUAUCUUCAAUCAAAGGCUGGCGCUGUUGAAUCAAACGAUGAAUAUUUUUUGUGCUUGAUGGCCGCCCUUGAUAAAUGCAGUGAGGAAUCAAAUUACGCCGCUGUGCUCGCUCUCUUGGCACUUCUGAUCAAGAAAGUGUCACCAAAUAUCCUGAGAGUCAGAUUCACUGAAUUUUCUAUGACCUUUGGGGAUAUUUUCGUUAAAUUUCAGGAUAAAGGAAAUGCAGUGAUUCUCAAAUCUUUACUCAUUUGCCUGAGCACCAUGUUGAAGGUGCAAGACGUCGCUGCUUGGAAAGCACCGAGCACUACUUACCUCUUGAAUGUCAUCAUUUCAUUUGGUGCUAGUGUGCUGCCAAAGGUGCGAAAGGUUGCUCAACAGGUGACGGCUGAAAUUCUGAAGUUCACGGAGAGCGAAAACGGAAUUCACCCAGCUGCCACCGCUGCAGGCAAAUUUGUGUUGGAAGAACUUAUAAACAAAAAGACUCGCAUGGACGAAAUCUCUCCAUUGCUGUACCAUGUCAACCUUCUGAAACUCAUCAUGAACUUCUUACCGGCUCAAGAAGUGAAGAGCAUCAUUGAGCAUUUGCUCAGUUUGACAACAGCAGGAAAUGCUACGCUGACCAAGGUUACCCUGCACACCCUGCAGGUGUUCAUCAUGUCCAAGCCAACCUCUAAGAGUUUCCCUCCCGAUUUGAACGGCAAGCUGGUCGGUGCCAUGUUCAAGUUUCAGCCGUCGAGCAAAGACACCGAUUUGAUGCUCCUCUGGCUUUCUGUUUUGUCUGAGUCGCUCACGCAUCUCAUCAGUCGCAAGCCCCAAAUUUGUUUGGGGUAUGUACCGCCCUUUGUAAAGGUUUGCUCCGGCCUCUUGUGUUUGGAGAACGACGUCACUUUGAUCAGCGGCUCUGCUUUGGCGCUCAAAGUAGUUGUUCUGGAAUGUCUGCUUGCAAAGGAUGUCAAGCUGGACGCAGACGCCCGCAGAGCCCUCAAAGCAGCCACUCAAAGCUCUCUGGACAGCAUGGAGGAGUGUCUCAAGUUCAGGCACAAGGCCACUUGGAAGUAUGCUGUUCAUGUUCUCCAAGCAAUAUACCAGGUGAUAUCCUUGGAAAAUGAGGCCAUGCUAAAUAGAACAUUAAAACUUUUGGCUGGGAUCCGUCAGCAAGCGGAUUAUGUUGACGAAGGGGAUCUUUGUAAUGAAAUAGACAGGGCAGUUGGUGCCUUGGUAAAAAAUCUUGGGCCUGAGUUGGUCCUAUCUAAGAUUCCUUUGCAGAUCUCUGGCAAUGAAACAUCCCUUGACUUUCCCUCUUCCUGGAUUAUUCCAGUCUUGAAAAAUCACAUUGAAGUGACAACACUGGAAUUUUUCCAUCUUGAAAUUAUUCCCAAGAUAAAGGCUUGCUUUGAAAAGUGGAAGGAAUUGGAGGAAAAAGACGUGAAUGGAGCCCACAUUUUCCAUUUGCUUUUUGUUCAGUUGUGGUCGAUUUUCCCCAGCUGCUGCACUGGUCCAACAGACUUUCAAUACAUCAAGAAAAUCGCUAAACUGCUAGGCAAUGCUUUGAAGGAAGAUGAGAUUGUAAUCGCUGUGAUGUCUGGAUUAAGGAAGCUAAUCGCCAUUUCACUGGAGGACAGCGAGAAGAAGCAGCUCCUCGGUUACUACAGCAAAAACUACUUCUUACUUCUGUGCGCAAUUUACACAGACAUGAGUAAGCCUGAGAACAACAGACUCGCCAGCCUGGCAACCAUCACUGAAUUCUUGAAGAUAUCUGACAGUGGAAAGCACACCAUGUUCUUUGAUAUAGUUGUCGCUAAGUUGGACCAAAAACUCACGACCGCCAUGAGCAAAGCUGCGAAAGGCCCGGAGGUGGAACAGAUGUCUAAGAAACAGGCCAAGAAGAACCGCAUCGUCGAAAACAACUAUCAGGACGCGAUUUUGCAAUUACUUAUAGUGCUUACUCCUUUCCAAGAUGAAUCCAGGCUGGCACAGAUCAUAAACCUUUCCUCUCACUUGGUCCUUAGUUUGGAUCAUUCUGAGCAAAAGAGGGCGUACAGGAUAAUUGAGCAAAUUUGCUCUUCAGAGCAUGGAGGCUGCAAGACAUUCCUAGAGAAAAACAUGAACAAUCUGGUUGAGCUUGUUUCGGUUGCUGACACAGUUUGCAAAAAUCCCGGAAGAACCGCAAGAUUCAGAUGCCUCAUGUUGAUGAGCGAGCAUCUUGAACCGCAACAGGGAGCGAUCAUGAGCCAAAUGAUGACGGAAGGUCUGCUUGGUUGCAGAAAUGAGAAGCCCAAAUGCCGUCAAAUUGCUUUCUCACUUCUUGUACAGCUCAGCAAAGUUCGACAGAGGUGGACCAAAGAAAGCGACAAUGAGGCACUUGUCAGCUCUGUGAAAGUAUUGCUUAACAGUUGCCAGACAGUUUACCCUGAUGACAAAGUGCUGGUGUCUGCCAGCAUUUUAGCAAUUUCUGCCCUCAUUCAUCAGCAAAAAGAAUCUGCAUCUCCUGAAAUUUUGAAGCUAGCAAUGCCAGCCAUGGCCACCCUUGCUGCAAUUUCCAUUAGGGAAGUGUCAAAGGCUGUUCUUAGUUUUUACAAGUGCGUCUUUGCGGUGUAUGAUACUGCCGAGUUAGCUCAAUACAUCACCUCCAUGGUAACGACUAUUUGUGACAUGAGUGACAGCUGCAAGAAAUACUUGCGAGUGGCGACAAAGCAGAUUUUUGAACGCAUCAUACGCAAAUUCGGCAUUCAAACGCUGGAGGUUGCGGUGCCUGACGAAGAUAAGGUCAUGCAGAAGAGAAUUAAAAAUCUGAGGAAAGAGCUGGAAAGAAAAGCUAAGGCGAAAAAUGUAGAUGAGCCAGAGAGUGACGAUGACGACGACUUGGAAGCUGCUUUCUCCAUGACUAAAAAGCCUCAAACGAUUGAGAGUGUGUUGGCAGAGUGCGACUCAGAUGAGGAGUACGAGAAGAUUAUGGACAAUUCAGCUGAAAAGAAGCCCAAAAAGCGUAAAAUGAUGGAUACGUGGAUCCAGGAAAGUGAUGAUGUCAUCGAUUUCACUGAUCCGGUUUCAAUGCAGAGGAUUUCUGCAAAGCGUCCUGGGAAACCUGUCGUUGCUCCUGCUCAAAAGGCUGAGCAGAAUAGAGGCUUUAAAUGUGCACCUGAUGGCAGACUCAUCAUUGAGGAGAGUGAUGAAGAAUUCAAAGCUCCUGUAAUCAAGAAGAAACGGCACGAUGACUACAGCGACGAUGAUCAAGACAUUGACGAUCUGGAUGAAGCUGCUGCACCGCAAAGAGGACCUCUUGCUUCUGGAUACGUCCUGCAGAACAGCAAGGAUCUGAGCCAAAGCAUGGAGGAUCUUACUUUGCAGAAUAAAUACAAGCCCGGUGGCAGUGGCAUCCAUCGGCCAAUCCCCGGUGUUCACACGGGCUCGGAAUACAAAGCAAGCAAGGCCAAGGGCGACAUCAAAAAGAAAGGACGGCACGAUCCGUAUGCAUACAUCCCGCUGUCAGGAGCUCUCCUCAACAAAAGGAAGCGAGCAAAGAAUGCUGGGAAACUCUUAAAUUUGGAGAAAGCUGCUGCCAAAGGAGUUGCUAAGGGACUGAAAGCAAAGGCAAAACAGAGGCGAAAUGGCGCAUCAUUUAAGAAAUCUAUGUAGCUAUGUUAUCAAAAUAAAAUAUCCAUUCAAUCUCCAAACAUAAACUUAUAUGAUAAUAAUUCAUGCUGACCACAUAAUGCAGUGUGUGGUUAAUUGAUUGGGUAAAAAUCUUCUUUAAAAGUUCAAAAUCUUAAGGGGUGUGUAGCUUUAGAUUUCAUUGCAUUUAAUUUUGGGAACUUCUGAGAAACAACUUAAAGCGCGUAAAUUAGGAAUUUGAUGCCCAGUAAGGAGAGUAAAAUGCCAAGCAAAAGCAGGCGAUAGUGGAAAGGUAACAGGUGAGCUUUACAGAACUCUGUCUC